AAUGUCGGGAGAGGAGAGAGCGAAGAGAGGCAAACAAAUAUUGACGUAAAAAACCAGGAUCGCACAUUCCCAAUCCUCAUAGCCGCCGCGGCCGCCGCCAACACAACGAUAUUUGAUUUUAUUUAUUUAUUGUUUAUUUGUUCUUCAUCACGACUUCUCAAAACCCUAACCCUAACUGUCUCGCAGCUUUCUGUUUUUCUCCGCACAGCCUCCAGUGAUUUCCGUCUUCCUCGGCCUACAUACAUUGUCAUGGGUUAGGCAUUUUGGCAUGGUGGCACUAGAAUGUGUUGAUCAACAGGCUGGAAAUUUUGUAAAUGGCAGCUUAUGCAGCUAUACUAUCAUCACAUAUCAAGCUGCAUGGGCACGGAUAUUGUGUUUCAAAUGGAUGCUUUUUGCCCCACAGUUCAUCAUCAUUAUGUAUUAAAAUACAAAGGAGGCAUCCCUUUCGAAGUUCGAGAGUUGCACAGCUCUCAUCAUGGAAUGCUUGCAAGUUCAGUGCUCUCUGCAUCGCAAAUCCGAAAAUAAAUCCUUACCCCGAGCAUAGUUCUAUGAGGUGUCAUUGCUUGGGAACUUUAAUGAAUACUGAUGGUGCCACAACUUCUGAAUGGGUUCCUGUUGUCAAUCAAGUGCUUUUAAUGGCCAGUAUAUUCCUCACCUAUAUGGCUGGAGUAAUACCGACUAAGAAGUCGCUUGUAAGCUCCCAAAAUGGCAUUUCGACUGACUAUGCACUUGCUGGAGACUCUACGUUUUCUGGUAGAGCUGCUGAGAAUGAUGAGGAAGCCAACUUCAAGCUUCCCUGGGAUAUAGUGGAAGAGAAACUUAUGGAUGCUCUAAAUGCUAUUGAGCAUGAGGGUAAUUUGGGAAGCAGAUUUAUCAAAUUUGAACAAGACCAAGCAAAGCGGCCUUUAAGUUUGUCUGCUGUUGCUGAGGGUCCUAGGCUUCGCUUGCUCUGGAUUUCUUUUCAGUGGCUGAAGAAAGAGGUGGAUAAUAUCUCAGGAAGGUCUGCUACUGUAAUCAUGAAUGAUUGGUCUACAGUUCUCUCUGAUGUUAUCCAGAAGUCUUGUCAGCCUGUAUGUAUGACUUGGCUAGAAAAUGAGCUUUGCUCAAAAAGCAGUAAACCUUAUAAGGAACUUCUUUCGUUAACGAUUGAGAAGUUAAUGGGAGAUGGCACUAUUUUACAAAACAUCAGAAGUUUGGGCAAGGAGGAUCUUUAUACUGAAUUAACGCAAUUUCUAAUAUUUGGUUCUCUCAGGGAGGGUUGCUAUUACAGUUGUAGCUUGUUUACCCAGCAUGGGGUUGCCAUAUUAGAGGAUUUGGUGAUUACAUUAGCAGAUGGGAUUGCAAGCGUGUAUUUGGAGCUUAUUUCUGUUGACGGUAACAUGUCAAAUGAAAUAAAUUACCUUGGUUUGAUGCUGUGCGCUUUGUCGACCCGAGAACUUCAGAAAUUACGCAAUGAGGUGGCUUUGAACCGAUGGCUGCAUCAGAACAUAGAGUUAGUUAUAUCAAUGUAUGAGGAUAGGUUUGACCUAUGCACGCUUGAGAGCCAACUCAUUGAGGAACCAAGCAAAACCGAGGCUGAAAAAUUAAGUUGGUGGAAGAAGCUUACCAUGAGGAAGUCUGGGUCUGUGUCAUCUCCAUUUCGUUAUGUUUUGAUAAACUACAUCUCCAUAACUGUUAAGCGGACUAAGGAAUUAAGGGCUUUGACUGGGUGGAGGUACUACUUCAGCCUCUUUCUGGAGUUAGCGGAUAUUACAAUGCCAUUGAUUAGAACCGUUUCUGCUAAAGUCAGUGAUGCCAUCUCAUUCUUUCUAGUGUCCUUGAUUGGGCGGUCUCUAGGACUUAUCUACACUGGUAUAAGGCAGUCCCUGCGAUGGAAGUGAUAUUAUACAUGAAGUUCUCUUUUGUUUUCUUUGCACUUUUCACAUUCCAUCUUUUCUCGGUUAUUCGAGAAUAUAGAUCGACGACAGACGUGUAACACAGUCUGAUUAAAAUUCUUCAUUUUUUUCAGGUAUCUUCUCUUCCAUUGGUUAUUUUCCUGAUAAGUUUUUGGUCCUUUUUGAAUUCCUUGCAUUAUUGUAGUUUAGUGGAUGCUGUUUUGUUUGCUGUGGUAGCUAGACAGUUCCCCCCCAUGGAUCCAAAUAUAUACCAUGUCAUUUUCAUGAACACAUUUUUUACAAAAGCUUUGGUUUGAACUGUGAAGUUUUGUUUCUGGAAUAGUUUUGACUUACAAAAGUUUUGUUGAUUUUUAUUGAA